UUGGGUCCACAUGCAAGCCCAGUCUCUCUUAACUCCAGGAGAAGCGCAACUUUACGCGUUAACCAAACGCAACUUGACUGACCACACAGACGCAGGUGGACAAUGCAUUUCUUUGAAAUGUUAAGGACUAAGAAUAGUGAAUAGAAACUUUUUUUAAGCCGGACAAUAGAGAAGCGGGAAAUUAAAGAUGCUUUCUUAUCUGUCCGGCUCAAGGUAACGCGUGGAUGCGGGCGCAUCGUGGCUCAACUGGUCCCCAAGUGGCGCUUUUUAGGACCUGUCCAUAACUUUUGCGCGAUGGACGAACGGUUUUCUUUCCGUAUGAAUCUAAAGCAUGAUUUUAGGGGAAUAUUUAAGACGUCCUUAUGACAGUUCCCUAUUCGUUUUAUUUAGCAAUUUAUUGUUUAUUACGCAAAGCAUUGCACAUCAAGAAAUGAGUCUUUAGUGUGCAAAACGAAUACUGCUUAGCCUAUUAAAUAUAUGCUAAAAGUUCUGCAGGACAUUCAGCGAGAGCACUGACACAGUUUUGCGUUUAUCGAGUUAAUCCCGUGGGCUCGUAUGGGACUGAGGCACUCAUCGCGGUGCCUGCUGCUGCGGAGAAAGAUGGCGGAGGCGGAGAGCUCGGAGCACCGCCAACAUAAGCAACAGCAGCAAAAGCAACGCAUUUCCAGCGUACCCUCAUCUCAAUCCCUUCAACCGUCUUCACUACCAAAGCCGGUGACCUCCGUUCACCAUGUUCCUCACCCUCCACACACGCCGCAUGUCUCCGCGCUCUCAGCCUGUCCGGGCCGAGGCAAGAUGGCCAAGUUGCUCAACCCAGAGGAGAUGACUUCACGAGACUACUACUUCGACUCCUACGCCCACUUUGGGAUUCAUGAGGAGAUGCUAAAGGAUGAGAUCAGGACACUAACCUACAGAAACUCCAUGUAUCAUAAUAAACACAUCUUUAAGGAUAAGAUUGUGUUAGAUGUGGGCAGUGGAACAGGAAUCCUCUCCAUGUUCGCCGCCAAGGCGGGUGCCAAGCAUGUCUAUGGGAUCGAAUGCUCCAGUAUAUCAGAGUAUUCUGAGAAAAUUAUCAAAGCGAAUCACCUGGACAAUGUUAUUACCAUCAUUAAAGGGAAGGUGGAAGAGACGGAGCUGCCGGUGGAUCAGGUGGACAUCAUCAUUUCAGAGUGGAUGGGUUACUGUCUCUUUUAUGAGUCUAUGUUGAAGACAGUCAUCUACGCCAGGGACAAAUGGCUGAAGCCCGGAGGCUUCAUGUUUCCAGACAGAGCAACUCUGUAUGUCGUCGCCAUUGAAGACCGUCAAUACAAAGACUUUAAAAUCCACUGGUGGGAGAACGUCUACGGUUUUGAUAUGACGUGCAUUCGUAACGUCGCGAUGAUGGAGCCGCUGGUGGAUGUAGUGGAUCCCAAACAAGUCGUGACCAGCUCUUGCCUCAUUAAGGAAGUGGACAUCUACACAGUAAAGACUGAAGAUCUGACCUUUACCUCGGCCUUUUGCCUGCAGAUUCAGAGGAACGAUUAUGUUCACGCCCUUGUGACUUACUUCAACAUUGAGUUCACCAAGUGUCACAAAAAGACCGGCUUUUCAACAGCCCCCGAUGCCCCCAGCACUCAUUGGAAACAGACUGUAUUUUAUUUGGAGGAUUACUUAACCGUGAGGAGAGGGGAAGAAAUCCUGGGAAGCAUUACUGUAAAACCCAACGAAAAGAAUGAGCGCGACUUGGAUUUCACCUUCGAGCUCGAUUUCAAAGGACAGCUCUGCGAUGCGGCCAUCUCUCACGACUACAAAAUGCGGUAAAGGCCGAGAGUAUCCCACGUCGGGCCAACGUUAGCUGUGGAGAUUCAGCAGAGAACCAGACUGUGUUACCUCCUCUGCCUCUGUCUGGAUUAGUGAGAACGAACCACAUGGCUCUGAUGAUGUCAUCAGUGCGAGUCCGGCACUUAAAGCAAUAGCGUCAUCACAUCGUCACGUUACGAAACGUACACGCAGGAUAGACUGUGAAAAAAAAUCACUCUGAAUGUAACCGAUCAUGACUUUGAGAAUGUCCAAGUUUGCGUUUAUUUGAGUUUUAUAAGUAGAAAAGCAUUACUGUUGACAGUAGAUAAGAUAUAAAACAAAACCGCCUCAUAGAAAAAAGGCUAUUGAUGUUGAAAAAAGCAUGGGUGACAUUUACAGUAAGAGCUACUGGUUGUUU